CACUAAAGCCACAAAGUUGUGUUAAAAUAGGUUUCACAUAAUUCUCCCUAUACCCUAUAGUCCCUCCCUAAUAUAUAGCCACAAACCACAUAACACUACUUUACUUUAUUUCCUUCUUUCUUUACUGUCUAUGAAGUUGAUCACAAAGUACUUCAUCACAUGCUGUUUGACCAUUCCUCAUUAUUCAUCAAUCAACCACAUUUUGCUGACCAAAACAUUGUCCUCACUCACAACAUCACCAUUUAAAACCUUUCAUGCUCCUACCACUCUAACCAAUAUAACUAACAACAUUCAACAAGACCAUAACUAACAUGGAACCAAAGUUCAGAAUCAACUGUAACAGAAAUAACAAUGACUACCUUCCAACAACAAACAAUGGCACUACUCGUUUGCCAGAAAGUCCAAGAAUACCAAUGGAGUUUCUCUCAAGAUCAUGGAGUGCUUCUGCAUUUGAAGUCUCUAAAGCCUUGUCACCUCAACCACCACCUCCUUCUUCUACUUGCUUACCUUCCAAUAAACCUUCUACUAUCUCUAUACCUGAAGAAACCAUAUCUGGAAAUCAAUUCUCUUUUGCUACCUCUGCUACUUCACAGCUUGUCCUUGAACGCAUCAUGUCACAGUCUACAAGAGAGGAAGUAUCUCCAUUAACAUCAGGUAGAUUGUCUCAUAGCAGUGAACCAUUGAAUGGUGGUGGUUCUUUAACAGGAACGGAUAGUCCUCCAAUUUCUCCUUCUGAUGAAUUUGACGAUGUUAUUAAGUUUUUUCGUGCAAACAAUUCGAUACAUGCUUUAUUCAAUGGUACAAGAGCCAUGAGUAGUGGAAUUGGCAAUGCAACACCUAGUUCAGGACCAAAAACAGUAGGAAGAUGGUUGAAAGAAAGAAGAGAAAAAAAGAAAGAAGAAAACAGAAGCCAUAAUGCUCAAGUUCAUGCUGCUAUUUCGGUAGCAGCAGUAGCUUCUGCCGUUGCUGCCAUCACAGCAGCAACGGCAGCAUCGUCUGCGUCAAACAAGGAUGAGAGAAUGGUCAAGACUGAUAUGGCUGUGGCUUCUGCAGCAACACUGAUUGCUGCUCAGUGUGUGGAAGCUGCUGAAGCAAUGGGAGCUGAGAGAGAACACCUUGCUUCUGUUGUUAGUUCUGCUGUCAAUGUGAGAUCUCAUGAUGAUAUCACUACUCUAACCGCUGCAGCUGCCACAGCUCUAAGGGGUGCAGCAACAUUGAAAGCAAGAGCAUUGAAAGAGAUGUGGAGUAUUAAUGCCGUGACACCGUUAGAGAAAAGCAUAGGAAUUGGAAUAUGCGGCGGUAAAGCCAAUAAUAACAGUAGUUCUAGCACUAGUGAUAGUGGUGGAGAGAUUGUCAAUGCAGAUAAUUUUCUAAGUGCUUGCAGCCAAGAGCUUCUGGCUCGAGGAACCGAAUUACUCAAACGCACUCGUAAAGGUGAUCUUCACUGGAAAGUAGUUUCUGUUUAUAUACAUCGAACCGGCCAGGUGAUGUUGAAAAUGAAAAGCAGACAUGUUGCAGGAACAAUUACAAAAAAGAAAAAGAAUGUUGUGUUAGAUGUGUGCAUGACUUUAGCAGCAUGGUCAGGGAGGCAUCUAUUAGAGGAUGGUGAAAAAAGAAGGUACUUUGGAUUGAAGACAGAAUCAAGAGGUUUAGUUGAGUUUGAAUGUAGAAAUCAAAGAGAAUAUGAAUUGUGGACUCAAGGUGUUUCAAGACUUCUUUCAAUUGUUUCACAUAGGAAAAACAGAAUCUAAUAUAGGUUGCUAAUCAAACUAUGUUAUAUCUAUGUAGUUAGCUUUAUUUUGCAAAUCUCCUAUAAGGGAAAUUAAUGGAUUUUGUAACCUUUUCAUAACCUAAAGUCUUUUAUUUUUUUCAUGAAACAAAAUGCUAUCAAG